UGCCCCAGCAUGCAACAGCAUACAGGACAGCACCGGCCACCACAGACUCAUAAAACAUCCUCAGCAUCGUCCGGCAGAUGUUGAAGGACCUCAGCCUCCUCAGGAAACAGAGGCGGCUCUGGUCCUUCCUGUAGAGCCAGAAUACAGUUCCAGACUACAGAAACCCCUUUAAGUGUUAUUUACUUUAUAAACAAGGUUGGAUUACUUUCGCAAAAAAAAGUUGUCAGAAACUUCAGAAUCAGAAAUACUUCAUCGAUCCCCGAGGAGGAAACUCUUUAAACUCUUCCGGCCGCAUCUCGUCGUCCAAUCAGUCAGUUUAGAUCUCCAUGACAACUGAGCAAACCCCAUCAGCUGAGGAAGACCAGGAGAUGCAACUGAUGAUUGUUUUCAUAAUCGAUUGUUUUCACAAUUCAGCAAAUUAAACUUCUGGUUUAUAAAAUGUCAUAAAUUACAGAAAAACGCACAAAGUCACAUUUUCUUAAAAACCCAAGCCGACGUCUUCGAUUUGCUCGUUUUGUUCCGACCAACAGUUUUACCCCGAAAGAUAUUCUGCUUUUUAAAAACAAAACAAAAGAAAGCAGCAAAACUUCGAAGUCCUUUUUUGCUUCUGCAUCUUAACAAAAUGCAGAAAUUCCAGUUUUCAGAAUAAGAAAUUAGAAUCAUCCCAGAAAAAUCUUAAACUCAAGGUCUACUUACUGGCUUUUUCCGGAGCUUUUGACGGCGUCUCAUGGUAUUCCUCAGCAGAUGGUUUGACGAAUUCCUUUUUAAGUUCAUCUGCAUCGAAAUACUGGAGCUUUUGGGCCACAUUUAAUGGUCUUCAAGAGCGGACGGUUUGCUCAGCUGUCGUAGAGAAAGUUUAGUUUAUGUCCGUACUGACUUACUGAGCAAACUCCAUCUGAGGAAGACCACAAGGGGGGUUGAAAGAUCUUGAAAAGGCUAGUAAGUGCAGUACAGCCAAAAUACAGAACGUGACAAAGGUCAGAGCCUCAUGGGAGUUGUAGUUGUUGGGAGGUUUAUCUAAUUAUACUGAAUCCUUUUUUGUUUCCAAGUUCAAGAAUAAACUUCAAGACUCAAGUUUGGAUCUUUACAAGGUUUUGGUUUAUUUCACCUCAAUUUUACAGUUCGGCUGCUUUAUUUAGGAGGAUUUCACAUUUGUUUUACAGGUGUGAGUUUCUCCACAGGUCGCUCAGUGCCGGACUAAACGCGUCGUUACGCUGGAGAUGUUUUAGCGGUGUAGCUUCUUCCACAGUGUUUUUGUUUUGUGUCAGACUUUUCCAAAGUCUGGAAUCAGUGAAGUUCCUGACGAGGAAGAUUCACAACACCGUCCAGUUUGUGGAAAAAAAGAGAAGAUGAUUGUCAGUGGUUCUGGUCUCUUAACAUUUACCAGCUACAAUAAUAAUAAUUAUGAUAAAUCCCUGGAUUAAAGAACUGCCUGUGUGCGUAUGACAAUAAAAGCAAAUGUACAACAUUUAGACAAACAUUAAAACUGCAAAUAAGAGAAUAUAUACAAUAUAAGAGCCUACUUAACCUUAAAAAUACUCUGCUGCACUGCACAUGUGCUGUAACGCCGCUGUAAUACUGUGUACAGCCGCCAGGCGGCGCUGCAGCUGCCCUGCAAGCAUUCAACCUUUGAAACGUUGGCAUGUCUUUCUGUAACUAUCUGUGAAUGUGAUGCAAUUCAAGAUUCAUCUUUUUAUGUUAAGCAACACUAUAAAUCAUGUCAACAUGUAGCAGCUGCCAGAAAUCACUCUGUAGUUUUACUUAAUGAUAAAAACAAGCCUUUUCUUAUAAAGUUAAAAUCACCUUCCUGGUUUAUAUCAGCCUGUAAACUGUAAUCAGAGCGGAUCUUUCCAGCAGAGUUUUGGUGCAAGAAGCUGAAGGAGACUUGUAAUUGGUUUAACAGUCAGGGGAAAGAGAUUUGCUAUCAGGGGAGAAAGGGCGUGGAGCUGCUGAUACAUGAAGGCACACACACACACAGUGCAGCUGUUCACGUGAAAAGCUGCACGUUUUGCUCAUUAAGCGUCCGUAAUUUGGUGUAUUUGCAGUCAGGAUGAUGCUGGAGCUGUUGAUGCUGUUUGGAGGUCUGUUGGUCGGAGGUUACUUUCUUCUUCAUAUGACUUUUCUCAAGUUGCCCAGAUGUACAAGUGCUGCAAAGUUACACGGGAAAACCGCCAUCGUCACCGGAGCAAACACCGGCAUCGGUAAGACCACAGCGAUGGACCUGGCCAGGAGGGGGGCGAGGGUGAUCCUGGCCUGCAGAGACAAACGGCGAGCUGAGGCCGCCAUCCAGGAAAUCAUCCAGGAGACGGGGAACAGCCAGGUGAUCUUCAUGCAGCUCGACCUGGCCAGUCUGCAGUCUGUUCGCUCCUUCGCUGACAACUUCCUCCAGUCCGAGUCCAGGCUGGAUCUGCUCAUCAACAACGCUGGUCUGAUGAAGGGUGGAAAGACGGAGGACGGCUUCGGGAUGAUCUUUGGCGUCAAUCACCUGGGUCACUUCCUGUUGACGGUGUUGCUCCUGGACCGACUGAAGGCGAGCAAGCCGAGCCGCGUGGUGACCGUGGCCUCCAAAGCGUAUGAGAUGGGGAAGGUGGAUUUCAACAGUUUGACGACUCACAGAGAGUUGGGUUUGGGCAGCACCGGCUAUCAGCUCUUCCAGAAGUACUGCCACAGCAAACUGUGCAACGUUCUCUUCACCUACGAGCUCGCCAAGAGGCUGCAGGGCACCGACGUCACCUGCUACAGCGUCCAUCCGGGAGCCAUAAAGACGGAGAUCGGUCGUCACGCUGGUUUCUGGUGGAAGCUCAUCAUGACACCCAUCGUCGUCCUUUUCUUCAUGGAUGCCACGUCCGGAGCUCAGACCACGCUCCACUGUGCCCUGGAGCAAGGCAUCGAGCACCUCAGCGGCCACUACUUCACUCAGUGUGCGCCGCUGAUGAACAUCGAGUCGAAGGCGAGAGACGACGCCACGGCCAAGAAGCUGUGGGAGCUCAGCGAGAGUUUCUGCGGUCUGUCCUAAAACCAAACCUGAAAUCUGAGCUUUGUUUUUAAUCCCAGAGUAAACUCUGAGAUUGUCACUGAGACGCUCAGUAAUGAUUAUCACAACAGGGCCGGCUCUAACCAUUUAGGCGCCCUAGGCGAGUUAGGAUUUGGUUUUCUGCAGAUUUUGUAGCUUGUGCAUAUCACUGAUGAUUAUCACUUGUAAAUAUACGCAGGCCUUCCUCUGUAUAGCUUCACUACAACCAGGAAAGAGACACAUAUGACCAACAAUAAAUAAAAAGAGCUAUGGACGUAGCGGCUGGUGCAAAAAGCAAUAUUAGGCCUCAGAAAUGAAAUAACUGCCACUUUAACAGCAACCAAAGCGACAACACAGAGAUGUAUGACUAAUAUAAACUCCACAGCAGCAGCAGCCACAAACACACAUAUUAAAGCGAAGAGAGCUGCACAGUUUCUACACACCGCACACACACAACGCUACAUUGCUAGGCAACGCAGUGGUUGUUGAUGUCCCUGUCUGUAGUUGUUGUACUCACCUGUCUGAACGUCAUUCUGUGAGCCUUGUGCACCGCGAAGUCCUCACCAAUCUGCUCUAAGUUCAACUUCUUUGAUGGAUCAUCCUCAGUGCACAUUAUAACCAGUCCUCUCAGCCUGUCUGUCCCAGUAUCAGCCAGUCUGUCCCAGUAUAACCAGUCCUCUCAGCCAGUCUGUCCCAGUGUAACCAGGUUCAGUGUUUGGAUGAAUGUCUAAAUAACAAAAGGAACAUUACAUCUAUAUCUCAUACAUCCACAGUUAAAAAAAUACUAAUAUUUUAUAUAUUUACAUAAAUAUAAUAUUUACCGCAUAAAAGAAAACAGCUAUUUUUGCUAUAUUUUGAAAUAUAUGUGGCACACAUGCACAUACAUCGACAUAUGUAAUUUACAUCUAUGGCCAUAUAUCAGAUUUUAAAUUCAAAAAGAGUUUCAGGGUUAAUCAGUUUAAUAAACACAGUUUUUUACUUCA